AAUGUAUGUACACAGUGAGUGAAGCUCUGAAGUAUAGUACAGGAUAUGUCAGGACCAGCACAGGUUAAAUAAUGUAACAUAAAGUGAGAACAGGCCCUGGACACACUAUAAGCACUCCUCACCACUGACAAUCCCCAGCGUCAAGGCCCUCUUGUUGCUAUUAACCCCUCAGAUACCAGACUCCUCUUCCCCCAUUAGUGAGGGGAAUAACAGAAUAUCACGUGACCUCUGUGCCACAUGACUCGUACGUCACCUCCCCUCCCCUCAUGGUGACAGCAUGCUGCGGCUGUACAGGUCUCUGUUGCGGCCCUGCCCUGGGAAAGUACUGUGCUGCUCCGCUCAGCACACCAGCGCCACCUACCUACAAAGCUUCAUACUGCACAACACGGAAGUGGUAACGGAGCACCUGACACCGGAGAUUCAGUUACUGCUGCUCACUCCACGGUGUAAGUUCUGGCACCUCCGCCCCGAGCACUGGCCAUAUGGAGAUCCCUACUGGGCUAUAUACUGGCCGGGAGGACAGGCCCUAGCCAGGUACCUGUUGGAUAAUCCAGACAUUGUAAGACGCAGACGCAUUCUAGAUCUCGGCAGUGGUUGUGGGGCCGCCUCCAUUGCUGCUAAAAUGAAAGGAGCCUCUUAUGUUGUAGCCAAUGAUAUUGACCCAGUUGCAGGUGCAGCGUUUGGCCUGAAUUGCCAACUAAAUCGAAUAGAUCCUUUGCCCUUUCAUCCAGAGAAUGUAAUAGGUGAAGAUACAGGAUGCUGGGAUCUGAUUGUACUGGGCGACAUGUUUUAUGAUGAGCGGCUGGCCAAUUCUCUCCACCGAUGGCUCAGACAUUGUAUGGUGCAGCAUGGGACCACAGUACUUAUAGGAGACCCAGGGAGAGGUCAUUUUCUGACGCACCCUAUACAGAAACAGCUGUGGAAAAUAGCAGAAUAUAACUUACCAGAGUCAAGUAAGCAAGAGAACUAUGGGCUAACCACCAGUGCGGUCUGGAGAUAUGAACCUGGAUGUUCAUGAUUUGUACACAGUAAUUCAGUACCAGCUAGUUCUUAUGGAAUUGUGGAAGAUGUGGACACAAUUUCAUCCAUCCCAAAUGUGAGCUCCGCCUAUCUGAUUUUUAAAGCUGUCCAUACUCAUUAGAUGUAUGUUGGCCAAACUUGAUUUUGGCAGUGCCCCCCCAACUUAACAUCUGCAAAGGAUUUCAACUGCCAGAUCCUUUUGGAGAGAUAUGUAUGACCAGCCUUGGAAUGAGACUCUUCUUGCUUCUCAUAACUCAAGGAUGCAGUGAAGUGUCAUAUGACCCCAUCUGAUAUUGCUGAUUGGCCGAGAAGGCUUUGAAGAGGGAAGGAGCACAUGUAACAAACUAUUUUCAAUGCUAUUAGGGAAUUUCAUUACAUGUAAUUGUAAUUAUUGUAAUUGUAUACUUUUUUACAAUAAAAAAAUUAAGAAUCUU